AGCCCUGCUCGAAACCUAUUGCAAAUAUUUGACCUAAAAUCCCCAAAAAGCAAUUUCCUGCUGGACAGCCAAAGCCUUGACCAAACAUUGGUUACCAAUCUGCAUUAACAACACACAAGGUAUUUUGAACUCUACUUCCCUAAACAUAAAGACCUAAAUCCAGGUUAUUGUGUCAGAGAACCCGUCAGUCAUAGUUUCCUGCGUUUUGUUAAAUAUACCAUGAUCGUGUCAAGGCUGAUUAUGAUAGCUUUAAUGGUAUUGCAUUAUGACUCAGUGUAUAUUAGUUUUAAUUAGAGUGGCAACACUAAACUAAUGCAGGUUACCUAAUACCUAACCGUGCUAAAGAAUGUAAAACCGUGUGAUUCAAGCAAGUUCACAAGGGGUCUUCUAAUUUCUCUACAAUGCAUAAAAUACUAAUCAAAUUCAUCUGUAACGCUUAAAAUAAUUUAUUUAAAACACAGAUCAUCGGUCAUCUAACCACCAACAACCAGAUAUAAUUUUGCUCUGCAAGAGAAACUUCCACAUGAAACUUUCUUAGAAUCUCUUACAAAAGAUUGCAAAGUCACACUAUCAAUAUUAUGAUUCUUAACAUACAAAGGCCCAUAGAUGAAUUUAUCUUACGAGGAUAAACUCUAACUCAAUUCCAAUCAAAUAAGAUGUCAGUGCAUAAUAAGUGAUCCAUUAGAUCUGAUUCUUCAUAAUGAUUCACGCUUUCACACGUGAUAACAUUACCAUAUGAAAAUAGCUUAGCGUCAUAUAACUAGUUCCUAUCAUUAAUUACAGGAAGACUUUCUCAGUUUCUCAGUACAUCGUAACCGCGGGCUUCUAAUGAGAACCUAAUAAGUGACGGACAACUUUCAUUCUUCAAUAGUUCCUGGGGUUUACGGAAAAUACAAGUUUUUAUAAAGAAAAAUAGCAGUAGCGUUUUCAGGAAGUAUUAUAGUGCUUUCAGUCGUUGACUCACAUAUUGGACUUAAAAAGUAAUUAUACUUUGCUCGACUUCCAGUAAAAAAAAACAAAACUUCAAAACAAUGUUACAACAUAAAAAUCGCUUCAUAUUUCCAACAGAUACCUGUUUUUGGGAAACAAACAAAAUAGUCUUAGACUCGAGAUAAAUCAAAUCACUCAAGUUGAUUCUAAAGCAUGGGAAGUUGAAAUGAGGAUUAUUAAGGAGCUUCGGUUGCUAAAAUGAGUAUUCGUAUUACCACAACCCCGAGACAAGGUAUUCCUGUGUCGGGGCGUGGUUAGCGUCGGCGGCGACGCGUCGAUAUGCCCAAACCGGGCACACUCCCCCUCGCGCUCCCGAACCCGCAAUAGUCGCGACCCGCACUCCUCCCAGAGUGCCCGCCACGCUAACAUUAUACAACAGCUAUCAUUUUGUGAUACUUCAUAAUGUUCCUUCUAUAAUUCCAAUCACACAACUCAUUUUUGGCAAACUUUAAAGAAUUUCAGCCAACGCGUCCAAAACUUUCGUAACACGGACUAUGACAAAAUAGUUAGUUUUCCGGAAAUGUGUUUUAGUUAACGAAUGAUAAAUCUUAUGCUGCAUUUAUUUUCAUUUUGCUACCAUAACAGUCUCAUUCUGUUCGUAAUUUAGUGCAGUGCUAACGUUAAUAGACAGAGUUGUACAUUAUGCCAAGUUGUUCUGUACUUAUCUGUGGAAAUCGAAGCAAUGUUAUAAACUUUAAGUCUAGUGGUGUCACUUAUCAUCGUUACCCAAAAAAUCCUAAGUUAAAAGAGAGAUGGAUAGCGGCGACUGGUCGCGGAGAUGAUUGGUUUCCAACUCACCACAGCUCGAUAUGCAGCACCCAUUUCGAAGAGAAGGACUUCCAACCAGCAGCCAAGAGCCGAAGACUUUUUGCCACUGCUGUACCUACUUUAAAGUUAAGAUUAGUGUUUGACACUUUGUCAACAAAGACCCAAGAAAAAAUAUCAACAAAGAAACCGAUUAUAAAACACAAUAACAGAAAGACGAUUGUAGAGCAAUGUAACGACAAAAUAGAAAAGUAUAGAAAUGCAAUGAAGGCACAGAGGUUGCAAAUAAAAAGGUUGCAAACCAUGGUGCGUCGGUAUCGGAAGAAAGUUAGCUCAAUGAAGAAUAUACUCACCGCAUUGAAGAAUGAGAAUAUCAUUGGGGAAGAUCACCUGUGGUUGUUGGAAAGUGAUAAUCUUAACAAGUGAAUAAACUUUAUAAUAUAA